UGGGUGGGAAAGAACGAGAUCCAAAUUCAACAUGGCGCUCACGCUGAAAGAACUUGCUUCACUUUUGAGUGUGUUGCCAGAGGAUGCCUUGACUAACAGAACAUUUGAGAAUCUUGCAUCUGGAUUCCACUACUAUUUUCAGAAGAAUGAUCACUUCAAAGUUGGCACUGCCUUGGUCCUGUUGCUACAGAACAAUGAUCUUCUUCCCCACCCUUCACAGAGGUUGGCUGCAGUCUUUCUCUUGUAUGAGAUGUACAAAACUGAACCAGUCUCCGUCAACCCAUUUGCUUCCAUCUUUGUCCAUUUGUUGAAUCCACCAUCAGAUGGCAGUGAGGGUACAGAAUACCACUGGGCAAUAACUCGAAUCUCUCCAUCAGAACGCUACUUUCUGGCACAACUUAUAUCUAGCCCUUCCAAAGAGUUAUUCAAGAAGACCCCUCAAGAUGUGCUUAACAUGGAUGUCACCAACAUGCAAUCAUUUGAUGUGAGUGCCCUACAGUUGGCCUUAGCAGAGAGGCAGUCUGAGACCCCAGCCCCCAGUAAGACUGGCCUACCUAUCAUUGUACCUGAUCCAGACACUAAACCACUCAAUUUUGAGCAGUUUGGGAAGUCAGGCUCAGUAAAUCCUGAUGUUCAGCGUCAGACCAUGGAAUCUCUACUAAUGGGACCAAGUCCACCAAUAGAAAAAUGUAUGAAACCUGAGUUCAUACGCCUCGCCCCACCCCUCCACAUAGCUGAGGAUGAGUUAGUGUGGCUAGGGCCAGUUGAACCAGAUCACAAGGUACUAUGGGACAAUUCUAUGUGUAUAGCUAAUUCUGCAGGAUCAGAGGUGCGUAAACUGAUGGUUAAAGCAUUCAAAACAACACUUGUUUUACACCAACAACAGCAACUGUUAGCAGAGCUAGAAAAAGACCCUAAACUAGUCUAUCACAUAGGGCUUACUCCAAACAAGUUGCCUGACCUCGUAGAGAACAACCCCCUCGUUGCAAUAGAGGUGCUUUUACGUCUAAUGCAGUCCAACCAAAUCACCGAUUAUUUCUCAGUGUUAGUUAACAUGGAGAUGUCUCUACAUUCUAUGGAGGUGGUUAACCGACUAACAACAGCUGUUGAGUUACCACCAGAGUUCAUCCACCUUUACAUUUCCAAUUGUAUAUCUACCUGUGAGACUAUCAAGGAUCGCUAUAUGCAGAAUCGCCUGGUGCGACUGGUCUGCGUCUUUUUACAAUCUCUUAUUAGGAACAAAAUCAUAGAUGUAAAGGAUAUUUUCAUUGAGGUGCAAGCAUUCUGUAUUGAGUUCAGCAGAAUACGAGAGGCAGCUGGCUUAUUUAGACUUUUGAAAACUUUGGACAAUGGUGGGGAACAAACAUCACCUCCUGCAGGCAGUAAAUGAUAGUGCAAGUCAUGGCAACAGUAAAU